AUGCUCGACACCGCCGAUCACCUGCGCCUGCGCUGGAUCGUCAACUCCACGACGUGGCGCCCCGGCGUCGACGAGUUCGCCUUCGUCUUGACGAUCCUCCCGACGCACGAACGCGAAGAAGUGACGCGAUUUCAUCGCUUUGAAGACCGUAAGCGCGCGUUGCUGUCGCGAUUGAUGCAACGCGCGGCGAUUAAACGCGCGUGUGCGAGCGCGGAGGACGCGCGGUGGCGAGACGCGCGCGUGGAGGCGCUGGACGUGCGGAGAACCAAAGGGUCGAAGCCGUUUCACGGGGCGCGCGCGAGCGUCGCGGGGGCGCCGAAUUUUAAUUAUAACGUCUCGCACGAGGGUGAUUACGUCGUGCUGGCGAGUGAAACGCACGCGGUGGUGGGAGUGGACGUGGCGGCGCCGGGACAGGUGCGACGAGUGACGGGAGGGGGGGGCGCGGAGCGAGACGUGGGAAAGUUGUUGGAGACGUUUUCGUCGGUCCUGACGGAUCGCGAGCGGGCGUCGAUCGCGGGUGUAGCGGCGAGGGACGGAGAACGCGCGGGAGAGGAGUUGUUUAGAAAGCACUGGAGCCUGAAGGAGGCGCACGUGAAGGCGAUCGGGGUGGGACUCGGGAUGGAUUUGAGGCGGUGCGAGUUUGACAUCGACGCGGCGAGGUCAACGGCGAGCGUGUCGGUGGAUGGGAAGUCAAGAAACGAUUGGUCUUUUCACAUGCAAGCGUUCCCACCGAUCGUUGAUGAUGCCGUGAAUGAAGAUAGACACUGGAUCACGGUAUCUAGAGGACCAGUAGAGGAUAUAGUGGACGCCGACGGCGAGUUUACGGAGACCACGUUUUCUCGCCGGGACUUUUCAAAGGAUGAAUGGAGCGCAAUUCUAGCCGCGCCCGCGCCAUCGUUCGAGCUUUUGACCGUGGGUGACUUAAUCCCGAUAGAUUCGAAAGACGCCUUCGAAGCCGCGGGCGGCGUGAUUUUCUGA